UUCACAUAUCGCUGAUUCAGAAUGAAUUGUAGGGUAUUGCUAAAUUAAAUAAAGUAACUAUCCACUUCUGUGAGUAAUUCGUCUCGGAUCGUCUCCGCCAAGUUGCUGGCGACAAGAUCUAGAAUGGACGAAUGGCUGAGGGGACGGAAAUUACAUUUUUCUUAGUGAACUAGCAAGCUAACAAGCUAGCUGACGUUAGCUCCGGGCUCACAUACAGCAGCAUCAGUAGCAUCAGUGGCUGCUAAUAAUAAGAGAUAAUUGUUGUCAAAGUUGUUCUCACAGGGAAAUGUAUUUUCUCUACACAAUUAUCGCGUCUUUAGUUUCUUUUUUCAUUUUGAAAUGGAUGAAAAAGAGGAGGUAUUGCACCGAUCUGAAAAGACUAGAUGGCAAAACAGUUCUUAUUACAGGUGGGAAUUCUGGCAUUGGCAAGGAGACAGCUGUUGCCCUGGCAAUGAGAGGUGCCCGUGUCAUCAUUGCUUGCAGAGACCUGGACAAGGCUGAGAAGGCUGUGAGGGAGAUCAAGUUCAAGAGUCACAGUCUUAAUGUCCUUCACAUGGAGGUGGAUCUGGCCAACCUGCGCUCUGUACGGGAAUUCUGUAAGAGCUUCCUUCAGAGAGAGAAGAGGCUUGACAUCCUUAUCAAUAAUGCAGGCAUGCCUAGUGUCCUCGACUGGACCGACGACGGCUUCAGCAUGUGUUUUGGGGUCAACCAUUUAGGCCACUUCCUCCUCACCAAUCUGCUUCUGCCUCGCCUGAAGGAAUGUGCCCCCAGCCGUGUUGUCACCCUCACAUGCUCCACCUACAAAUACCAGAAGCUGGACUUCCAGGACCUCAACUACAACCUGCUGCCUUUCUUCACGUACUGCCGCAGCAAGCUGGCCAACAUCUACUUUAGUCAGGAACUGGCCCGCGUCACAGAAGGGAAAGAAGUGACCUCCUAUGCUGUGCACCCUGGUUUUGUCCAAAGUGCGUGGACUUGCCACUACUCCUUUCUGUUCCGGAUGCUGAUGCAGGUGAUCAUGUGGAUGUUUUUUGUGCCAUGUGAGAUUGGGGCUCAGACUGUCAUCUAUUGUGCUGUGUCAGAUGAAGCUGCCAAACACAGUGGGGGUUACUUUGUAGACUGCCGACCUUCCAUUCUGCGUCCUUUCGCAAGAGAUGCUGGUGUGGCAAAGAAACUGUGGGAGGCCAGUGAGAGACUGGUCAAACUGGCCUGAUGGUGGAAGCUGAGAGACUGGUUCUUUGAUUUUAUUUUUUUGACAAUUGUUAUUUAUGGUCAUCUGCUUUUUUUAAUUGCAUAUUAAUGUUUUUCAUAAAUAUUUGUGUUCUAUACUAUGCACAUGCAUAGAUUUAUUGUUCCUUUAUGUGCUUGUGUAUUUAAGAGCUAAUGUUUUGUGGAUUAUUAAUUUCCUAUGCACAAAUAAAAGUACAAUUUUUCAAACAUGGAAGGU